AUGGAGGUCGCUGCGCGUAGCCGGCUCGACAUGAAGGUCAAAGCCGAAGAUGAUUCCGGCGACGUCAGAAUGACUGAUGAAAAACCCACAUACCGGUCAUGGAAGAAGAAAUACCGCAAAAUGCGCAUCAUGUUCGACCAAAAGAUGCAUGAUGGCGAAGAGCUUCACAGGCUCGAACAGAAGGCGCUGGCCACGGCCAAGAGACUCGCCGUACAGAAAGAUCGGUUACUCGACCUCCUUCUCGAUGUCAACAACUCGGGCCAGAUCCCGCCCGAAAAGCAAAUAGACCUCGCCAUGGACCUCCCCUCCGACGAUGCCGCGCUCUUCCUGGACUUCGACCGGCCGUCGACACCCCCGCCCGACCCGACGCCAGCCAAGCCCUACAAGAAACUUCUCCAAGAGGUACCACAUUUCAGAUUCGCGUCGGCCGCCGAGCGUUUCCCAGAGCUGCUCGCAGACCUCGAAGCCGGCCGGGACUCACCCUCGGACCCGGCCCAGGGCCAGUCGCACCCGCCUUCCUUCCUCACCGCCGACGACCUCGACAACUACAUCUGGGAGCUGGACGCGCAUCUCGCCAACGAAGACGCGGCGGCGGGGACCGGCAAAGCGGACGCGGUACCGCUACCCACGCUCGCGCCGCUCGCGCACGCCGACCGCCCCAACCCCAAGGACUCGCAGCGCGACUUCGCGGUGCGCAACCCGACGUCGGUCUACAACUGGCUGCGCAAGCACGCGCCUAAGACGUUUCUGCAAGACGGCGAGCACGAGAAAGACGGCGGCAAGGAGCACGGCGGCGGCGGCGGCGACGACGGUCACGGUGGGCACGGACACGGCGCCGGGACCGGCCGCCGCGGCAAGGGCGAGCGCGCGCCCCGCGGCACAGGCUCGGCGCGCUCCAAACGCACCAGCGCAGCGCACGGUCGGCCCGCGGCCGGCGCGACGGAGAGUUUCGACGACAACGAUGACGAGCUCGGCUAUGGCAACGGCGGAGGCGGUGCGGCAACGCCUAGCGCGGCGGGCGCCGGCAGCGGCGUGGGCAAGGGCAAGCGGAAGCGGGUUGUGGAUGACGACCCCGGGUACAGGCCGAAGGGCGGCUCGAGUCGGCCGACCAAGAAGAAGCGCAAGAGCGAGGGCGCCGAACGGACGCCGACAGCGAAGGGGCCGCGAAAGAGUGAAACCCACGGUUGGUCGGGCCAUAGCGCGGCCUCGGAGAGGAGUUCGUCGGCCAAGGGCUCGAGAAAGAGCGACGGAGUCGCGUGGUCUGGUCGACAUGACGACGAUUGA